AUGGCAUCGUCGAAUAUCAAUAAACAAGACGGUGGCGACACUCGUAUUAGGACUACUCAAGGUGAAACAUUCAUUGCGGCUACGCAAAGACCAGACGGAACAUGGCGGAAAGCACGUCGUGUGAAAGAUGGAUAUAUUCCACAAGAAGAGCAGCCGAAAUACCAAAACCCAAGCCAAGUAGCAGCAUCAAGCCGAGGUCGAGUGGUCGUAGGAAUGACCCCACGCAGCAUGCAGCAGGCAACUGCAGGACCUCGUAAACCCAUAGCAGCUGUAUUUCAACCAAAAGCGGCUAUAACACCACAAGAACAAAUUCAAAAGAAAUCGACAAAAAAGCUGCAGGAACGAAUAAACAAUGGCGAAAUUAUUCCGUUACCUAACCAACUAGCAAAGGUUGGUCGGAAGACGGAAUACGAGAGCGAGAUCGAGAAGCUCACGGAAGAAAUGGAGAAGUUAUAA